CGGUUUCGUUUUUUUUCUGCUGAGUCUCAUGGUGGGCAUAUCGGAAUCGGAUGUAUCGCUUCGGAGGAAGAUGACAAUGCUUGGUAACUCGAUUAUAUGGUUACUUCACAUCGACAAUUUUUUUGAACCAACAGUCACGUUUAUGACCCUCCAUCCAAACCGCGUACAGUGUUUUUUUGGUUAGGUGUCUGUCUCCAUCUGGAAGCAGUGGCGCUGAAAGAACAAUCAAAUAGAGACGAGAGUUAAAUCCAAUUUUUGUAUCGCUUGCGAGUAUUUCAGUUAACAUUCUGGAGCAUAUACUUUCGUUGAAAUUUAAACGAAACGGUUGUGUCAUUAAGACUUUUUCGUGUACUGUAUUUUUAUGGAGCCAACGAGGCAAAGAUCUUAAUCUUAACAUUGGAGUACUUCUUAGAAAAAAAUUAUCAUGUAUUGUGGUCCAAAGUUGAAGAACCUGAUUACUUAUCCGUUAGAAGUUUUGAAGAACUAGCUUUCAAACGCAUAUUAUUUACUCACAAUCACAAUCACAUCCCAAUUUUAUACAUAGGAAAGCCUCCUUACAGCUACAGGACCCAUCGCGAAAUCGCGUUAGUCUUUUUAAAGCGGUCUCGCAAGCACCCCAUCCCCGCGAUUUUACUUCUUGAAUACUAAUCUGACGAAAUAUGCGUCGAGUCAAUAAAAGAACCCUAAACUCUGACCUGUAACUAUCUUGAACUUUCAACUUUGUAUUUUCUUGUUCGUCGUUCACGUUCACGUUCCAAGUCCUAGCUCAACCUAGAUGGAACAUACAACUAUGAUCAGUACGAAAAAUAAUGUUUUUGACAGAUGUUACUCCAAAGAAGGGUAAGUAUAGUUAUUUUUUUGUGUGUAUGAAACUGAACUUAUGGUAUUAGAAUUUUUGAAACUUUUGAUCGAUAGAAAUUUCUUGCACGGGACGAGUUCGUGGAAUCACGAAGCCAAGUGCUAGAUACGACCUGUCACUGUCUUUGAACAAUACUAGAUGGAAUUCAGGAGCUUAGGCAUAGCUACUUGUAUAUUGCUCUGUCUCCUGCUUAUUCCAUCAUCGUCGGCUUUGGCCUGUUGGGUAUUUUCUCCGAUCUUAGCGUCAUUAGCUAUGUUUGUUGUGUUUUCUCUUGAGUUGGCCGUAUCGUUGUCAACAUUUUCCUCCUUGUGUUGGCCAGCGGAUUUUCAAAAGUAUAUCUGUUAAUUUUUGGAUCGCAGUAAUUAGACUUCUAACUAUCUACGGAAGGAAGCCUUUUUAAUAGAAAGUAGUCUGCUCCUCGUGUAAGUCAGUGUAUUUUCAUUUUGAACGAGAACUAGUGUGAUAGAUCCUUCUUCACUUGAAGAUGUAGUCGUGUGACUGAAUGAUUUGUUCAUCCUACAUGAAAUCUGAAAUUUGAAGGAUUUUUCGCUGAAUCAAUGAGUAUCCAUCUACAUCUCUCUUGUUCACACUUCACGAAGCAUGCAAAGAAAGUAAAGCACCUCCUGUUGUGUGAUUAAUUUCGUAUCACUCGAUCUUUCGAGAAAAUCUUUUUCGCUAUCGGAGCAAGUACGAAGACAGAGGCCACGGCCAGUACUAAAACGAAAAUGCAAGAAUCAAACGGAGGAAGUGGGACGCGGCGUGCACGCCGCCCGCUCCAAGACCUGUCCACAUCUACUGCGAACCAUCAAAAUCUCCAAAUAGAUGUCGGGCAACCACAUCAACAGCACAGAAACCAGCAAGUCGGUGGAGCAAACAAGUAUGUCAACAAGAGCUCGUACUCGACGUCUGCUCUUUGUUACGCUCACACUCAGGGAAAUAGAAAUACAACUUCCACUCAGAGAAGUGACGCCCAUGCGUUGAAUGCAGCUGACUGCAGACCUUCGGCGGCAUCUUCAUCCUUCUUGCGAGUACCGGGGUUUACGCAAGUGGCUCAAACUUCUGGUCAACAUGGUGUUGCCGAGCCUCUGGUUUUGCCGCCCCUUGGCUCUGCGACGUCUGGCUCCUUGGUUGCUGGUUGUGGAUCGGGCAGCACUCCGAGCUGGGGCGCGGGUGGUCGCACAACCACGACCUUCAACAGUGGCGCACCGAUCGUGCCUACUCAAAAUAUCUUGGUGUCUUCGGCACCUGGAGGUUUCUUUCAGGAACAGCAAUCUCGCGCGGCUGCGACUUCAUCCAACAUUAUCAACGUUGAUUGCGACUCCGUCGUCGAACAAGAUGAAUUUGAUGAGGAAGUGGAUGAUCAGGGCCGAAAAUUGCGACCAGAGAUGAAGUACCUACUGAAGCGUGUCCAAAAGUUGGCGGACGAGAGACAAUUGCAAGACAAAGCAGGAGAUGUUGUGGCUGUAGAUCGACCAACAAGUACGGAGGUGCCACACCUCGACCAGUCGGAAGUCUUUGUUGGCAAUAGUACUGAUGCGCAGAGUCGCUUACUUGGACUUGCCCAAUCCCAACAGGAUAUUAUCGGAACGUUGCGCAUGAUUGAUGAGCAUCAGGAAUCUGGCGAUGUAACAUCGAAAAGCAGCGCUUUGAACUACACUUUCGGGGGACGCGACGCCAAUGAGACGAUUGUGGAGGGUGGGCAGCAGGUCUCAUCGACUUUCGGUUCAUCUAUUGCAGUCGAUACCUUGGGCUUGGGUGGAAGCAGUCGUAGUGUCAACAAUGAUUUGUUUACAGCACAAAAUAGUACCGCUGGUGGCUUCUACUUGAGUGCAAUCGAGGGCGCUUUUGACGAAGAUGGCACCAGCAGCCUGCAGUCGUCUUCGCUUUUGAUGACCGAAAUGACAGCAGAAGAUGCGAAUGCUUCGACUGUUUUUGCGUCCCGCCACUCCGACGAUGCUUCUAGUGUGCUGUUACCUCCUCUGGUAGAGGAUUCAAAUAUAGCCGCAGGCAGUCUUGACCAAAUGGCAGGAGAUAUCCGGGGUGAGUCGAACUUAGGCAUAGGAUCUUCUGACAACAACAUGAAAGUUGUCUACGAAGACGGGUCUUUUGCAGUGAAAGAACCGGAGGGCGUCUCGGACCCUGCCCGUUGGGCACUGAAUGAUGACGGUCUAAAUGAAGGUACAGAAGGCGAUCACGGGCAUCAAGAAAGAGCAUUGCAAACAGAUGAUGUGGGCAACUUAGAGGACGUAAUCGAGGACGAGGAAGGGGAUGACGAAAUCUUUAACGCCAUCGAAGCCGAGCAACUCAAAGCUUCGCAAGAAGCUGCCCGGGAGAAGCCGUGCCUCCGGCAAUUGCUUCACGCGCCUCCGCCAGCCGGAAACUUCGAGUGGCAUGAGAAUCCGGAAACCGGCCGACUAGAACUCACGUGGCGAUGCCUGAAACAGCAGGAAAUGGAUGCUACCGUUGAACAAGACGCUGAGGAUCAUGACUCUUCGGCGCAAAGUGAAUCAGCCCCUUUGCCGGUGAAAGGGUUAACCCGUGUGCAAGGACGGUCUCAAACAGCAGAGAAUGGCUCUGACGAGGGUACCAAUCUGGUACAAGUGGGACGUCGUGAGUCUGGUUCGCGUGCUUCCAUGUGGUUCCGUAACAACUUGCCUCUGUUACCAGAGGAGAUCGUAUCUUUUACACAAGGCCGCAUCUCAGCCCGACUUGCGGAUACCUCUUCUAGGAGAGUGUCCUCUGCGACAAUCAAUCGCAGUCUGGAGGCAGAUGCACAACGAAGGCAAUUGACUUCUGCCCCACCGCCGUGGCCAGAACGCUCGGAUGAAGAUCCUAUUCCUGAUCGACCGUUGCUGCCUGCCAUGGAGGGCAUUACUGAUGCGGCAAACAACGCGCGCCGUUUGCCAAUCGGAGGUUUGCGCCCGUCGAGCCUUUCGGUUGCGUCACGAUCCUUGCGACAAACUCUUCAGACACGGCGCAUGCCGGCCCUACCUCCAGAGCAGAACGUGGUUCAGUUGCACGACGCUCCACCCAGCGCGAUUGCGAGAAUCGGCGGGCAAAGCCGUCGCGUGACCACACCUGCAGACCCCUUUUUGCGCCUCAUCCGUCCGCGGCCAGAUAUACGGCGGGAACUACGCAGAAUCCCGCCACCAGCGCGAUUCGUGACCCAGCUGCGACACCAAAUUCCGGCGACUGGAACGUGCUGUCACGAAGUGCGGUACACCUUAGCCCCCGAUCUCAUGGUUUCGGACGUCAUCCACGAGAAGUCAGACUCUGUUGUUCUGCAGAGAACCCUCCGCAAAAAGCGCACGGACGGCACUAGAGUGGAGACGGAGUGUGCCGCAAAAUUUUUGCUGCGAAGCAUCCCACUAGAGGAACACGGCAUCACCACGACCAGUCGCGGUGCAGCAGGCACGUCAGGAGUAGCACGUCUGAGCGUCACGGAGACGUUUCGCUGUGUCAUGUGGUCGCACGAGCGCACAUCCGAUGCGGAUCGCUGCGCAUUGGAUGCGGUAGAGGAAGAGCUGCGUUCUCCAGUCUCCGAUCGCAGCAAAGAGCUUUUUCGCGGGAAAAAGUGGAAAGCGGUGACCAGCAAGCAACUGGCGGAUCGUAAUCGCGUGGCAGUUUUGGCCAUGGAGAAGAAGCGGGAGUGGUGUGAACAGCGCCGUGGUUUGAGGGCGGGCUUGAGGGCUGAUCUCUACGGAAAUCGCCGGAUCACGCAAGAUCAGGAGACAGGUCGUACGGAGUUGGAGCAUUCCCGCACACGCAUGAUCAAUCUCGACAACAUCUUCCAGCGAAAUUUGAGUCUACGUGCGGACAAGAGCGACGACCUGGGGCGCGAUAUCCUAGUUUCUUCACGAGAAAUGUUACCAGAUCCUUUCGCGGAUUUUGUGACAUUGUGCACUCGAGCUGCUGAUACAACGGGCGCAGAGGCUGAAGCAGGCCAUGAGGCAGGGAAGACUGCGGGAGUGAACACGAACAAAAUAAAAGCGAAAGUAAAUUGUACCAGCUUCUCAUCCAGUAAGGCCGCUGCUUCAACAUCCUCGAGGGGGCAUAAAGGAGAGGGCAACAUUCCGAUUGCCAAAUGGAAUCGCAGUAAGAAGGAGAUCGUAGACAGUAGCCAGCGACUUAUGGAAGCUGCGCAGGGGGAUUCACUUCCGGAAAUUCUCAUGUUUGAGAACAUUGAGCUGCUACAAGAGCAUGACUGCUUGCUUUCAGCGCAGCAGCAAGCGAAAUUGAAGCUCGGUCGACCGGAGGGGUUCAUGGUGCGUGUUUGUGCGAAGUUGGCUGGGUACUGUCAGAAUGUGAAGAAGCGUCAGGCGGAGACUUCGGGCGUAGAUGACCAAGGAGAAGCGCGUGUCAACGGGAAAGGCAAUCUUCCCAGUGAGCAGAGUCUUCGGGAUAGUGAGGAUUCAAUAUCCGCAGCUGCUCGUUCGAAGCGAAUGCGUAGAAGCACCAGUGGAGAGCGCAAGUCGUCGGUAGCAAUUGCUGAAAAUGAUCACACUUCUGUCUUUUCAACGGUGACAAAUCAUACGACUGCGCGAGAACAAGAAACAGCCGAGACUUCCCUCAAGAACCAUGACGACCUUAAGAGUGGUCUUCCUAUGCGUACCACGUCCAAUGUGUCAACUACCAUAAGCGGCGUGGGCAGUUUUGAUAGGCAAAUAAGUGGUCGCAGCAGCAUGGUCACAAGUGCGGAUGCCUCCUCGCCAUGUUCGGUUGGAGAUUUGGAGCAGAUCUUAAGUAGGAAGUCAUCCUCAGAAGUUUCCAUGGGCGGACAAGACGGCAGCGAGCAGGCUUCUGGUAGUGAAUCGAUUGAGGGAGCGGAUUCUUCAUUGGGAGUCGCCAACCCUGCAAGAAUUGAUGCAAACCGAGCUCAAAAAGAAGGAGGACAGGAAAAGAAGCAAUUUUUGCCGGGGGUGCCCACUUUGCUCGAACCACAUCGCGGCAUUCGAGACAUGCUAUCGCAACGCGAACAACGACCGCGGCAGCUUUCCCGCUUUCUGCAAGAGCAUGCCUUGCGCGUUCCCUCCUUUUACACCUAUUCAAACGACGACGUUUUACUUUUCUUGGAUACGCUCGAGAGCAUGGACGCGUCGAAUGCGCAGUUUCAAACGCUUCUACCCAAUGACUUCCUCGUCGCGCAUCACAGGUAAAGCUAAGUACAACAUGACGUGUUCUACUUACACACUUUGACUAUUCUUGAUUCACAAAAACGCUUCUUGAAGGUGCCAUUACAAUUCUCGACAACAUCAUAAACACUCACAUGCGAAGAUAUUAGGAGAAUGGACUCGCAAAGCUAAAGCAACUUUAUGAACACCUAAACCUUUUUCUCACUCUUUUCAACAGCUACCUCCGCGCACCGCAGCGUUUCACGUUGGUUGACUGGUUGUGCGAAGUCUGUCGUGCCUUCAAGCACAGCACGGUUUGCUUCGAGCUCGCAGUGAACAUCAUGGAUCAGUACUGUGCGAAGAUUCCGUAUCCCGGUAUCGAGCUGAAGUAUUACCAGAUCGUCGGCUCCGUCUGUCUCUUUCUCGCGGUCAAGACCACCGAGCUCUCGCCUUUGACCCUGGAUGAGUUGACGAGAUUGUGCGAUAAUCAGUACAACCACCAAGACUUCCUAGACUGGGAGGUGGACGUGGUGAACAUGAUGAAUUUUCUACUGCUUCGAUACCCGAGCUGCACAGAGUACGGUGGGAUCUUUAUCACUGUGUGGGUUAGUUUGGCGUUGGAAGUCGGAGUGACUAACACGAGAGACGGGAAUAGCAACGCAUCAGCGAUAACGGCAGCUGGUGCAGCCACUAGUACCACUGGUCAACCUUCUAAAGAGACCUCGAAUAACACUCGCAGAGACACCAAGUACGACACGACUACAUCGAUACGAGGUUCUUCUGCGUCAUCGCGCAGACCGUUCGAUGGUAAGGGAGUUGCUGGUACGACUGGAGGCGCAAGAGACACACCGGGACGUCAGCUAACUGCACUCGAGUUUCUGGAGUAUGACAAUGUUGCUUUCGAUCCAUGGUGGCUCUUUCACGCGCGUUACCACAAUGGUCUGCUGUACACCUUCUUUACCCUCUUUAUCGAACUGGGCUUGCACUAUAACGGUACUCACUUUUCUAUGUUGUUUGUACUGGUCAACAUGGUCUUGUUGCAAAAUGAAAAUGAUUUACUUUUGAUUGAUGCUUCACUAGUUCUUUAUUCUACUGCCUGGUCGUUUUAUGUUCAUUAUUCAAGCCACCAAUCACUUUCCUCACACCGACUCCAGAAAUGAUUGACUUUGCGCCGAAGAAACGCGCAGCCGCGGCUCUCUAUUGUGCACUAUGCCUUCUGUUGCGAGCCGAGUGCGAUCGGCGCAAGCAACUUCGUUUUGCGGAUCAGAAAGGGAAAGGAAAGAAAAGAUCCUCUUCUACGCAGUGGCAUUCACAACAUCAAGGAGGCGACCAGGAAUACUCCGAGAUCACGCCAGAAUCGUUGUCUGGUGGAGUUGUGUGGACAUGGGAGUUAGUGCAAAUUACUGGGUUCUGGGCUCGCGAUCUCGUAGAGGAGAUCGUGUUGAAUCGGGUUCUGCUCGAACGCCACGACAAAAAUUCUCUCAAGGGGAAGUCGCUGUGGCGAAAGUUCGAACGGAUAGCGAACUACAUGCGUCCGGAGUGGAUUGAAUGAAGAAAUGACGUGGCUUCGGGUGACUAAAAGAAGGAUUACACUUGUAGAUUUCCGUGAACUGACAAUUUCAAUUUGUACUUCUUUGACAAUUGUACCUAUGUAUGCAUUCUAGUCCCAUUUGAUGUUAGACUGAUCUAGAUUAUCUGAAAAUUAAAUUUAGAAUUACAUCAUCUUGAACUUUUGAGUAAUGUACACUCAUAUUUCUGCUCGUGAAUGCAAACUUCAAUAGAAGAUAUGAAAUCACCUCGUAGGUACCUUUGAGAACUAAAUUUAUAGAACUUUCAUCAUCUAUGGGUAAGGCCUAAACCACAGGCUAGACCUAACGAAUCUUCGUUGAUCACGAAGCAGUUAUCUCUGGACGAUUUUGCGUCAUUGUGCUGCUAAGUCUCAACAUACGAACUUUUUGAAGAAGUCAAUUCUUGCGAAUUUUGUUGAUAGAUUGUUAAGAAUAGGAGUACUAUCCCCCGAUAUAAAUUUGUCCACAUCGACAUCCUUCAACAAGUUAAUCGGAGUCAAUGAAUCAAUAGGAAUGGAUAAAUCUCAGAACGCAUGUUGUAAUGACGGGGCAUCGAGGGCAAUCACGAUCACCUACGCUUUCGACGACCUCGAAGAAAAUAGUUCUGAUUAAUUAGUUGCAAUUAUGAAAUCGUGACUACCUAUGUAUACCUUUUUUCGUCGAAUGUUCGAAUCAGUUGACAGAGUUGACAAAUUUCAAGUAAUUUCAGAUCUACGAAUCACUAGCCACCUGGCGUGGUUCCCCAGGGAAGGACACGAUGGGAACCCGAGACAUUUGCUAGACAGGCGCUGACAUGCUUGAACAGGCGCCGCAAUUGAAGAGAAGCCCGAGAAGUGUCAGCCUUGGCGGGGCGUCAUCGGGCGCGUUGCCGCGCGGCGGCGAGCCGUAUCAGUGCGCGCCGUUUGCCUCCGGAGGAUGGGUGGGCGCUUGGUAGCGGUGGAAGCGCCUGCUGGCCUAUCUUCAAGCGGAAGGCAUAAAAAGGCACACGCAACGCCGUGAGAAUUUGUUCGCUGGGGUCUGAGGCAUUCAGAGGCCAUGCUGGUCCGCGGGGGUUCAGAGGUGUAGGGCGUUGCUCGUGGGGCGCGGCGCUGCAAGCAAGUGACGUGACUGCACGCAAGCAAGCGACGCGACUGCACGAGGCCGCCGCCUCGCACCAUCGGGCAGCGUGGGCCCAGGGCUUGCGUGAGAGGAGAGCGCGGCGCCAAAGCGGGCGCCUUAACUUUCAAAGCCCACGCCCUAACAGCGUGGGCCCAGGGCUGGGGGAAGAGCAGAGCGGGGCGCUGAAGUAAGUGGGCGCCUUAAGUUUCACAAUUCACGUCUUAACUUUCACAAUUGAACUCGCGCCCUAACUUUCGCAGUUCUUGUCUUGACCUUCAAAAUUCAUGUCUUGAGCUUCGCACUCAUGUCCUAACUUUCGAAAUUCGUUCUCCAACUUUCGAACUUUAUGCGCUAACUUUGUUUCAAAGUUCAUGUUUUAACUUUCAAAAUUCACGCCCUAACUUUCGAAAUUCGCGCCCGAACUUUCAAAAGAGUCCAACUUUUCAAAAAAACGCAUGUCCUGCUAACUUUCUUUGUUCAGAAUUCAUUACCUAAGACUUUCAGAAUUCAUGUCCUAACUUUCAGAGUUCAUGCCUUAACUUUCGAAAUUCAUGCCCUAACUUUCUAAGUUCACUCACGCCCUAACUUUCAAAGUUCACGCCUUAACUUUCAAAAUUCUCAGGCAGGCCCUUCGCCUAUGAAGUCGCUUCUGCGCUUCUCACUCGAUUGGCCUUAAAUCUGGGGGGUUGUGGCAGUUGCGUCUUGCUGUGGCCUGGGUUGUGGGAGUUGUGUCUUGCGUUGGUGUGGGGGCUGUGUCCUAAGUUAUGGCGUAAGUUGUGGAAGUUGUGCUUGUGAGCUCAGUUCACCUUCACUGCGACAGCCUGAUGAAAAAGUCGCGCUUUACUCUUCGGGUGUUCGAAUUUGAACACCAUGAGACUCCGAAGAAUCGCGUGGGCUUUAUGGUGUUCAGAUUCGAAUAGCCUGAGAGUGGGGCCGCGCCUUUUUGUAUGCUUUCCGUCUGCGCACAACUGGCCGCCCUAACCUCCACAACCCGCCACAGCUUCCUUUGUUCAUAAAUUCCACAACUUAGAAAACAGUAACAGCCGCCACAACUUGGGCCACAACUUCCACACCUCUCACAACUCAGGGCACACCUUCCACCACUUUCCACAGCUUAAAAGUAAUAAAGAAAGUGCAGCUUUUUCGUGGGGUUUUGGUCAUUCUGCAACUCAUGGCCUAACUUUCGUAAUUCAUUUCUUAACGUUCAAAAUUCAUUUUCUAACUUUCAAAGUUCACGCCUAACUUUCCAAAUUCAUGCCCUACCCCUCAAAUCAAAACUCAAAAUCAAAACGCAAAGCCAAAGCUCAAACUUCAAAAUUAAAAAUCAAAACUCAAAACCAACGAACACUCAAAAGCAAACUUCAAAAUCAAGACUCAAGAUCAAAACUCAAAAUCAAAGCUCAAAAUCAACACUCAAAUUUCAAACCAAAAAUCAAAAGCACUCAAAAUCAAAACUCAAGACCAAAGCUCAAGAUCAAAACGCAAAAGCAAAACUCAAAAUCAGAACUUAAAAUCAAAACUCAAAAUCAAGACUCAAGAUCAAAAUUCGAAACCUAUCAAGACUCAAGAUCGAAACUCAAAAUCAGAACGCAAAACCAAAACUCAAAAUCAAAACUCGAAAUCAAAACUCAAAGUCAAAAUUUGAAAUCAAAGCGCAAAACUUAGCAUCAAAGUCAAAAUUCAAAAUUAAAAGAUCAAAACCGAGGUAAAACUUUUUAAGUAAAGAGAUUUGCGGCCCUCGCGGAUCUCGCUUUCGCAUGCGAUACUUCGGAGCGAGUGCCGAAAAUGCAGUAUGCAUCGAACAAAGGAAGCACCAAAAUAUAUUUGGGGUUAGUCAUUGUAAUAGGUUAUUAGUAUAGCAGAAUUAGUUUUUGUUUCUUUUAAAGUCGGACUAGAU